GAAGGAGCUUGGAAUGUAGAUGGUAAAGGCAGAAGUAUAUGGGAUUAUAUGACACUGCAUGAACCUGGUCUCUCUCUCUCUUUCUGGUUUUUUAGUACGUGUUUGUACUAAUAUAGAUUCCAACAUAAUUUUACAUCGAACAAAUUAUAAAAUAGUCAACCAACAUAUAAGAAUUUAGGCUAGUCUUCAUAACGAGGUUGACAAUUCAAGAUGAAAAUAUCUUUUUUUAAUAUUGUAUCAGAGUUCAAUAAGUUCAAACAAAUAAUUCCAUCUUUCUGAAACUUUCAAACAAGAGUUCAAAUUUGAAGAUUGAUGUUUUCAAAUAAGUCACUAUAAGUUACAGAUGCUUGUUAAGCAUAUAAUACCACAAUACUUAUAUAUAAAGCAUUAAUAAACACAAGGAUUUAUGCUACCCCUUUAACAAAGUUGAUACAUUAAGAUGAAAUUAAAAAUAGCUGUAGUAGACCCAUAUGCAUGUAUUAAUUUAUCCAUACACAAGACCGUCUUUUACACUACGAUCAUUAUUUAGCAUACAUUUAUGCUUAUUAAUUGGAGUGGCAGAUAGCAUUGCGGAUGGUUCAAAUGGGUGCAUCGCUCUCGAUCACUAUAAUAGGUUCAAGGAGGAUGUGGCUCUGAUAAAAAAAGUUGGCUUAGAUUCUUAUAGGUUUUCAAUUUCAUGGCCGAGAAUCUUGCCAGGAGGUAGACUAUGUGGUGGAGUAAGCAAAGAAGGAAUCAAAUACUAUAAUGUUCUAAUAGACGCACUUUUGGAAGAAGGCAUUGAGCCAUGUGCAACUCUAUUUCACUGGGACGUUCCCCAAUGCUUGGAAGAUCAAUACGGUGGCUUCUUAGAUCAUCAAAUUGUGGAACAUUUUUGUGAGUUUGCUGAGAUUUGUUUUUGGGAAUUUGGUGAUCGAGUGAAACGUUGGAUCACACUGAAUGAGCCAUGGUCCUUCAGUUAUUGUGGAUAUGUUGGAGGUAGAUUUCCCCCUCGUCGAGGAAAACCUCUUCCACCUCCGGAGGAACGUGUUAUGGGCGAACAGGGUGGUGCAACUUCAGCGGAACAUGUGAUGAGUCGCCUAGGUGCAACAUCAAUGGAACAAUUGUUGCGUUCCUUGAUCCUUCAACAUAGAAGUGCAGUGCCUCCACUUAUUACCCCCUCAGAAAGUGAUCCGGUAACUGAAGUAUUAGCCAUGGUAACCAAUUUGCCUGCUUACUUGAAUGAAAUUCGGGGCACAGAACCAUCUGCUAUGCCACAAAAUUUUCCCUACUUCUUGAGAGAAAUUCUAAGAACAGAACCAUUUGCUAUGGCACAAAGUUUUCCUCGUCUUAUGUCCUUGAUAAAAAUGCUGGGCAUAGAAGUAUUUGGCAUGGAAAAAGAUUCACUUUCCAUGGAAGGAGAUCCGGGCAGAAAACCAUAUAUUGUGGCACACUAUUUAAUCCUUGCUCAUGCACAUGCAGUUGAUAUAUACAGGAAACAUUAUAAGAAACACCAAGGAGGCACAAUUGGGAUGACAAAUGUUUCUACGUGGUUUUAUCCACUUAGGAACACUCCAGAGGAUGCAGAGGCUGCUUCUAGGGCAGUUGAUUUUAUGUUAGGAUGGUUUGUAGCCCCUGUAAUAACAGGUGAUUAUCCACCAUCCAUGAGAGAAAAUGCAGGAGAACGUCUUCCCAUAUUUAAACCAGACGAAGUCAAGCUAGUGAGAGGUUCAUGUGAUUUUUUAGGCAUAAAUUAUUAUACGACUUAUUACGCCAAAAAUGUACCUAAAAGUACUUCUUCACCACCACAUUAUGACAACGAACGGCACGUUGAAAAUCAUACUCAUCGUAAUGGGGUGCCGAUUGGUCCACGGGGUGGUUCGAUGUGGCUGUACAUAGUUCCAGAGGGAAUAUUCCAUCUCAUGCUUCACAUAAAGGAAAAAUAUAAUAAUCCUGAGAUUUUCAUUGCAGAGGAUGGGGUGGAUGAAGUGAACGAUAAAACCAUAACAAUUUCAAAAGCUCGUGUUGACGAAAUAAGGAUUAAGUAGCACAGGGACCAUCUCGCAUUCCUUAAAAAAGCGAUGGAACAUGGUGUACGUGUGUAGGGCUACUUCAUUUGGUCAUUUCUUGAUAAUUUUGAGUGGACCCAGGGAUACAAUGUUAGAUUUGGAAUUUUUUAUGUCGAUUUCGAGGUUGGACGUUUGACAAGAUUCCCUAAAUGUUCAGCUGUUUGGUGGAUGAAUUUCCUCAACAAGCCGAAGAGUCCAUGGAAUAAACUUCCCUGGAAGCUACAGGAUGUCAAAACUGACGAAGAACAACAAAGUCCUGUGAAAAGGCUAAGAUGUGACAAUGUUUAAAAUUAACAACUACUGCUUCCUUUUAUUUAUUCCGAAAUGUUCUGCUAAAUAAUGCAAGCAUGUAUACAUGUUUGAUGUUCCUUUAUUUUCUUCCCUAAUUCUCUCAUGGAAGAGAAAUAAAGCAGUUUUUGUAAUUUGUAGUUUAUGUCAAAUAAAUGGAAUCCUUGGAGGCUCCAAGUGUAAUCCUCAUGUUUUCAGUUCAUCCAAUAAAAGAUUUGAGAAUGACUUA